AAUAAACGCCAAAUUCGAAAUGAAAUUGAAAUUAUUACAGUGAAUUUGCCUCAGUUUUCGAAUUGCUAUCAAAGGCUUCAUGGACAGUAUGGAAAGGUAACAUCGUACGGUUAUCCAUUUGGUUACGAAAAUGAUCGGAACUGUAUCAUCCAAUUAUCUGUGCCAAAAGGAACUCAGGUGUGCCUGAAAUUUGAAGAUUUCGAAACGGAUGAGUGCUGUGAUAUAGUUCUUAUAUAUGAUGGUGCCAAAACGUCUGGCUUCCCAUCAGCCAUGUAA